UGCGACAGUUUUAAAGCGGUGUAACAGCUAGCUGCCUUGUACAGGCUGAGCUGAAACCAGGGGAUAAACGUUGAAGAGAAUUACUCAAGAUGGGUGGCAAAAACAAACAGAGGACGAAAGGGAACGUUCGGCCAUCCAGCAGUGGCAGAGCUGCCGAACUUCUAGCUCGGGAAAAUGGAGUGGUUCCUGGAUUUGUCGGAUUUGGGAUUUCAACCUCAAAUGACCCGGGAUAUGUGCCUGCAGUCCACGGUGCUGAGGAAAUAGACAACCUGGUGGAUGCUGAUUUCCGUCUGGUUUUAAGGAAAUUGUCCAAAAGAGACACCGUCACGAAAUUAAAGGCUGCACAGGAGUUUGGCUCUAUGUGUCAAGAGCGUGAUUCAGAAGUAGUCAAAGGAGUUCUUCCGUACUGGCCACGCAUAUACUGUAAAAUAUCAAUGGAUCAUGAUAGACGAGUUCGAGAAGCCACGCAGCAGGCAUUUGAGCAGCUGAUUCUGAAAGUCAAGCGUAACCUCGCCCCAUAUCUGAAGGCAAUUAUGGGCCACUGGCUCAUAGCUCAGUGUGACACUUAUUCCCCUGCUGCCUCUGCUGCUAAUGUCGCCUUUCAGGCUGCCUUCCCUCUCAACAAGCAGCCAGAGGCUCUCAGCUUCUGCAAAGAUGAAGUGCUGAAUGUUCUCCAAGACAAUCUGCUUAAGGAAACAGCUGAAACGCUCAGUGAUCCACAGAGUGUACCAGAAGAGGAGCGACAGGCAAAAUAUGUGCGUGUCCUGACCAGCUCGCUGCUGGCUCUCAAGAAACUGCUUAUGUCCAUAUCCAUUUCUGAUCGCGAGACUCUGAGCCCGCGGCUUGCUCACAUCAUCUCACAGGGGAAGUUCUGGAAGUACAGCAAACACAAAACCCCUCAGGUUAGAGGGGCGUUCUUUAAAGCGGUAGCUGCGCUGUGUGAACACGUACCUCAGGUUGUUCAGACUGAAGCAGCACGAGUUUGUUCUGCCGUACUUCUAAACAUCGACGACUCUGACCCUGUUGUGUUGCCGCCGCUGUGGGACGCUGUGCUGCAUGUAAUCUCCAGCGUACAGGAUUGCUGGUCUCAUGUAAAUGCUCAGAAGGGUGUGCUGCCCAAGCUUUACGCUUUGUUGAAAGGAGGAGGACGAGGUCUGGCCACCACCCUGCACCCCAACAUGCUUCCUUUAAUCAGCAAACUGCCAAGAGAGGUCACCGAGCCCAAACUCGUCUUCUGUAGCACCUUCUUCUCUUCAAUUAUACAAGGUCUUUCCAGUGAGCGUGCGUUAGUUAGCCCCUCAGAGUGUGCAGCCAUCAUCUUUGCUACCAUGGAGUGUCUCCGUUUCCUUGUGCUACAGAAUGCAGAAGAGGAGCAAGAGCAGCGUGCCAUCCAGGACAUGCUCAUCUCAGAGCAGCUCCUGCCUUUGAUAGACAAAGCCCUUGGAAGCCAUGCAUUGCAAAGCAGUCCUCUGUUCUCUCAGAUCACUGAGAUGCUUGUCUCAUGGGAGAGGCGAGCAGUCGGGAAUCAGGCCACCACUUUCCUCAGACUCCUAGCAGAUUUCUGGGAGGGUUUAGGCAGGCUAUGUGUGCGUUAUGUGGACCAGGAGGAGCAGCAAGUUGAGCAGGUGGUGCUGCAGGGCAUUGCCUCACUGUUGCAGAUCAUGCAGAAUCCAGAAAGUUGCUGUACCAAGCAGGGGAAGAAAAAGAAAGCUGUAAAGGUUUGCUUCUCUGAGGAGGAGGUGAAUGGACAAGUGGAGAAAACCCUGAGCCAGACUCCAGCGGUGGAGACCUUACACACGCAGGAGAAGACAUAUUCUCCCCUGAGGAGCAGCCACCUGUUGGAACUGGUGUGCCAGCUGGCCGAGCUGAACAUGGUGUAUGUGAGUGAGCGUGACUCUGAGAGGCACCUCCACUUCCUGGCUCUGUUGCUUCAAGCUUUCCCAACCACCCAGGUGUUCCAAGGGCUGGUGAAACCAGAUGAUGGGAAGACUGAGGUCGAGUUGGAGGCUGAGUUGGCAGAAAAUCCAGCGAUCCGUUUCCUCCUGCAGAGGGUGGUGGUGUGGCUCAGGCAGGACGACAGAAAAGACACAGACUUCCUGGUGGACAUGGUGUUCAGUUCUUUGCAGUGCUGCAGCUCGAACGCAGAACAGACUCUUGUACUUAACCACAUCACUGUGGACUUACAAUGGAGUGUUAUCCUGCAGAUUGUCCAAAAGGCGUGUGCUGAUGCUGGCCAUUUGAAGGUGUGUGUAGGGUGGUUAAGAGGGUCUGUGUUAGGUGAGCGUGUGGUAAGACUGGCUGGCGAGCUGUGUGCUGUGGGGCUGAAAGGUUCUCCCUCAGCUGCUUCUGCCCUGGAUCAGCAUAACCACAGCUGGCGCCUCAUUAGUCUGGCUCUAUCUCAGCAGCAUGACAACGAGUAUUUGAUAGGAAAGGUGUAUGUAGAGCAGAUCAUCGAGCGGCUUCAUGCUACACUGUCUGAGGCGAAGGGCAUGUCUGAUGCUGGCAAUAUGGAACCUCUGGUCUCCUUCAUAUCCGACGUAGCCUUUAACUUCUUCUCAUCGGUUAAAGGCUGUCUCCUGCUAGCUGCUGCAGAGGAUCUGCUGCUCACUAUUUUCCAGCUGUGUGCUCAGGAUCAGACGCUUACACACCUUUCGGACACUCUGCGAGAGAAGCUGAAGCAUGCAUACACUGUCGGAGUGCACUCGUUGGUUACGCACUUGGGGGCAGGUGUGACAAAGGAUACCGUCCUCCACAAUGCCGCUCUCUGGGUUAAAAACCAACUUCUCACUUCUCCUCUCACUGUAAAAAGUCUGCAGGUUCUGGUGGAGGCGGUUCAAAGCUUAACGGAAACUCUAGCUGCUGCUCAGACCAGCGACUGUCUGCUGUCUCAGUUCAUCUGCUGUUUAACUCCAACAAAUGAGGAGUGGAAUAAGCUCAGAGAAGGCUUGUCACAUCAGUGGGUGAAGCGCCCCUUGCUGUGCAGACAUUUAAGAGCAAUUUGUGUGUCCCCUGGCGUGGACGUGUGGAAGGUGAAAAGUUUAAACACACUCCCGGGACACCUCUGUGCCAGUGCUCUGUUGGGGAAGUUAAUCUUCAGUGCAGUGCCAGCUGAUGAGCAGCAGGAGGAGACAGACACCGCUGAGCUGUCUGAUCUUAAACACACAGUUGCAGAAGUUCUCUAUGCACUACAGUGGUGUGAAGAGAUGGAACAUCGCCCUGGCUCGGUGUCUGAAUAUCACAAAAUGCUUCAGGAAUGGGACAUAUUCCAGAAAGUACACACAAACAGCUCUAAUAAAGUUGCCAUUUUGGAAACCCUGUUCACAAGGUCACGAGAAGGGGGUGCCCUCUGGUCCCUGACUUUGGCAAACUACGUUCAGAAUAGCAAAUCAGUUGCCAGUCACAUCAUGAGUCUCUAUGAAAGUGUGGAAAGUUUUUACCCACUCUCAGAGCAGGGGGUGAGCACUUUACAGGUGCUGUGUCCGUAUAUGACUUCUACGGAUAGAGAAGCACUCAUCGCUCUGUCCAUUGCUGAACUGCUCAACUGGCAGGAGAGAGAACAAGACUGUGCACAAAGUGUUUGGGCGUGUCUAGCGGUGCUGAACUGUUGUCUGCAGGCUGAGACUCCUGUUGAGGAAGAGAUACUGCUGGCUGUUAUGGCCACCAUGUUCGAGUGGCGCAACAGCAAAGAGGAAUGGUUUCUCUUCAACAGUGACCUGGGGAAGGUGUCUUCUGCACAGCUGGCCCUACCUGUGGAGAUGAUGCGUUUCCUGUCUUGGCUGGUGAACAAUUCUCCCACAGUCCUCUGCAACACUCACUGGGACUUUCUACUCUGUUCUAUGCUGGCUUGGCUAGAGACUGCCUGUGAGAGCAGCAGGGCAUUCUGGAACCCUUGUGUGCAACAGUUUGUACAGGCUAACUGUGGGCUGAUCAUCACGCUAAAUGAGUUCUUCACAGCGCCACCUGCUGGUGUAAUGGAGCAGCUCCCGUCUGAUCUCAGCUCUGAAUGGCAGGAGUUCUUCAUGGAGGGAAUCCACAAUCUGCUGCUGCCUCUGCUGAUCAAGAUUCCUGUGGAGUUUUCUGAGCCAGAUGAAGCGGUGUUCCCCGUGGCUGUGGUGGAGGCGGUGGGUGAAGCUCUCAGGCACAUUCCUGUCCACCUGCUUACACACAACACACUUCCAGCUCGGUUUGUGGCAGACCAGAGGAGCAGCCUGCCUGAUGCCCUGCAGACACUGCUGAACACACUCGCACCGCUCCUGCUGUUCAAGAGCCGGCCACUGCAGCUGGCUGUCUACCACAUGCUGCACAAGGUAAUGCCUUUACUACCUGAAAGUGACAGCGAAAAUGCAAGCACUAAAUCUGAAGAUGAAGACGAGGAAGAGCCAUCCUUGUCUCCUCCGGCUGCUAUUAUGAGUAUACUUACAGCAGCAGAGGAGUUGGUGGAGAAUAUUUUGGGUAGUGUAGAGGUGGGCGAGUUUGCCGUUGUGCAGCCUCUCAGCAUGGAACACUGUUGCAUCCUGGGAUAUCUGUUGUCCUGGAAACUUCUUCUCAUCUUCUUUAAGGCUGCACCAUCGCAGCUGCGUGUUCAAUACUGCCUGCAUUUAAAGAAGACGCGUUCACUGCAUAAGCUGCUCCUGCACCUGUUUCGGCUCAUGCCCGAGAACCCGACUCUGCCUGGGCAGCUCGCAGAAACAGCCAGCAGAGAGCCCAAAAGCUUCUUCACCGAGAGCCUGUCUCUCUCCCUGCAUCAGAUGGACAUCUCGCAGUCUGAGGUUCCACACUUGGCCUGCUCUGUGUACUACAGUGCUCUGAAGGACCUGCCAGCCAUGGUGCGUCUGUGGUGGAACAGUCAGGAGAAGCGUGUGGUUAGCACUGUGGAUAAAUUCACCAGCAAGUAUGUGAGCAGUGUGCUGUCGGCGCAGGAGAUCGCCUCGGUGCAGUCCAGCACGCAGACCUUUGACAGUAUGACGGUCAAAGCUCGCUCUGCCACGAGAGAGGUGAUAGCGACAUACUCUGUGGAUGAUAUUUUUAUUGAGCUAGUGAUCCAGCUGCCUCAAAACUACCCUCUGGGUUCCAUUAUUGUGGAGAGUGGCUGCAGGGUCGGAGUCGCGGUUCAGCAGUGGCGCAACUGGAUGUUACAACUUAGCACCUACCUUACACACCAGAACGGCAGUAUUAUGGAAGGUCUGGCUCUGUGGAAGAACAAUGUGGAUAAGCGUUUUGAAGGAGUUGAGGACUGCAUGAUCUGCUUCUCCGUCAUCCACGGAUCCAACUAUUCGCUUCCUAAGAAAGCCUGCCGUACCUGUAAGAAGAAGUUUCACUCUGCUUGUCUGUAUAAAUGGUUCACAUCAAGCAACAAAUCCACAUGCCCGCUGUGUAGGGAGACGUUUUUCUAACCUCCAGAAUGGACUUUGAAGCAAGAAAUAUGCUUAACAAUAAUUUGUACAGAAAAUUGUAUACGUAAUUUUGGUUAAGAUAGAAGGUGUUUUGGCAGAAAAGCCUGUUUUAGGAAUCAAGACAGGCACUGACUUUACCACCUCUGUCUUCUCAUUAAGAAAAAGAGUGAUAAAAAGGACUCAAUAAAACAGCCUGAAUUGGAUCCAUUAAUUCAGACCAGAGGGACUGACAUUGCAUCCAAGCUACAGUAUGUUUAUUUUCCUUAAUAUAUUGAUUGGGCUGGACCGCAUUAUCUUGACUGCCUUGUUAUGACUGAUUCACUUUGUUUUAUAAAAUCCUGAUGCUCAUCAAUGAACUUUGAAAAAACUUUAUUGCAUAUUCUGCGAUCACCUGGAGAGGAUUAUCCAUGAAAUCAUAAAUAUAUAAACUUUAAAUUUCCUAAAAAAUAUUUUUGUGUUAUAUUAAUCCCUGUGGGUGGCAUAGUAGUUAGCGCUGUGGCCUUGCACUUCCAGGGUCAAAGGUUUGAUUUGCGCUUCGGGUCUGCGUGCAUGGAGUUUCCAUAUUCUCCUCGUGCUAGGUGGGUUUCCCACGGGUACUCCAGUUUCCAGUGUGUAAGUGUGUGCCCCCGUUGGAUUGGCAACCCAUCUAUGGUGUACCCUGCCUCAUGGCCUAAACCUCCUGGGAUAACCUCUAGGCCCCCAGUGACGGAUAAUCGGUGUAGAAUAUGAAUGAAUGAAUGAAUCCCUGUUCUGUUUUGACUGAACUUUGAAGUUUGCCUGUAUAUUAGAAUGUUGUGUGGGACCAUGCUUCUCCAUUGUUCAGAACAACUUUAUUUUUCUGAUUUAUAGAUAAUUUGUUCAUUUAUGUUUCUGUAUUCAUUUGCAUAGAUUCUGCUGCCCUAUUAAUGUAGAAACUCUUAAUGCGAUUGAAGACUCAUAUUAAGUCAGACAUGCUUUUAUCCAAUGCUUUUAUCUUCUCACCAAGGGUACAAUAAAUCGAUUCUUAAUCAUGAUAA